AUGUCAGAAACUAUUGAAUUAGAAGAUCCAAAAAUUCCCAUCGUCAUGAAUAAAAAUAGAAAUGAAUUAGCAUUAAAUUAUUCGGUUAAAAUUGGUCGUGGAAUUUUACGAAUAAUCGGUGGUUGGCCACUUGACGAUGAAACAUCAAUCGUAGAAAAGAUUUACAGUUAUUUCGCGAACGCAUUUUGUUAUUUUUUAUUUACAUUUAUUUUAUUACCCGGUUUGUUAAGAAUAUUUGUAAUCGAACAAAAUGUUAGAAUUAGAUUGAAAAUAUUUGGACCAUUAUGCACGUGUUCAAUUAAUGCAACAAAGUAUAGUAUUUUAAUGACUCGUGGUAAAAAGAUCAAAGAGUGUAUGAAACAUGUCAAAGAUGAUUGGAAAAAGGUUGUAUUGGAAAAAGAUUAUGAAUCUAUGAUGUCACAUGCUAAAGUUGGUAGAACAUUGGCAGUAAUGUCAGCUUCGUUUAUUUAUGGUGCUGGAAUGUCUUAUCGUACGAUUUUACCAUUAUCAAAAGGUAAAAUGAUUAUUGGAAAUUUAACUAUAAGACCUUUAGCUUGUCCAAGUUAUUUCGUAAUAUUCAACGAACAAGAAACACCUGCUUACGAGUUGGUAUUUUUUGGACAAUUUCUUGCCGGUUUUGCCGUUUAUUCGGUUGCAUGUGGGGUCUGUGGUUUGGCAACAUUUUUGAUCAUGCACGUAUGCGGUCAACUUGAAAUUCUCAUGAGAAUGAUGAGAGAUAUUGUUGAUGAAAAGAAUGACAAUGAUUCUGAUCCUGAUAAACGUAUUGCCGAAGUAAUUCAACAUCAAACUCGUGCAAGGAAUUUUGUAAAGGAUGUGGAAGAAAUCUUGCAAUAUAUGUGCAUGGUUGAAAUAUUGGGUUGUACUAGUCUCGAAUGGGAAAACAGUGACACGACCGGAUUGGUCACGUAUUUUAUUUUUCUUUUAUCGUUUGCCUUUAACAUGUUCAUUUUUUGUUACAUCGGUGAACUUCUAUCGGAACAGGGUAUGAAAGUUGGAGUAACUUCAUGUACACUUAAUUGGAAUCGUCUUCCAACGAAAAGUGCACGAAGUUUGGUAUUGAUAAUACUCGCAUCUAAUCAUCCAAUUAAAAUCGUUGCCGGUAAAUUGAUGGACAUGUCGUUGAGUAAUUUUAACAAUAUAAUUAAAACUGCAGUUGGAUAUUUCAACAUACUACGAAGUAGCGUCUAA